UUUGAGUGAACAGAAGAGCAGCCAAAUAAUACCGGAAACAGACAGAAGGAUUUUGAAAUAAACAACAUGUGGGUUAAGGAAAAAGCAUAAUAAGAAUUGAUGAUUCAUACAGAUUCUGGGAAAGAAUCGUAAAGAAGUAAAGAGGGGAAAACACAAAAGGAAAAGUAAAUAAAGUGACUUGAAAAUAAAGAAUACAAGCUGCAUUUGCUUUGAAUGAAUACCAAAAAGAAGUAAUUGACAUGGAAAAUGCUUUUAUUAUAUUUUGUGGACUUGCCCACAAAAACUAUACUUCUCAACCAGCUGAGGAGGCUCAUAUUAAAGACAUUUGUUUCAGUGAAGGGGUAAACCUCCUUGUACAUCUGACAUUUGUGUUCUGUUCUGUAAUUGGUGUAGUUGUGAUUAAGUGCAGACAUCGUUCCCCUGCAACAUUCCCUACAGGUUUGAGAGGCUGGAUUCAUUUUCCAUGGCACAAUGUGCGAUGGAUAUUAACAUUUUUCUACAUUUUUGUAUCAGCCUGUGCUGUGGCAGAUGGCAUUUUAUCACAGUUGUAUUCAAAGUUGGACAGACCAUUUAUUUAUGUACCUGAUGCAGCACAACUUGUCUCGUGUAUCCUUUCUAUAGUUUACUACGAUGUUGCGGAAAGUGCAAAUGCACCCAUGUUUUUGGUGCUUUUUAUAUUUCACUGGCCUGCUGCCUGUAGCAUUAGUGUGUUGAAGGCUUAUCAGAUGUAUUCCCAGAGGUUUAUCACCAGUGAUCUGACUUUUCUCCUCGACUGUACCUUGGCUUCAAUCUAUGGACUCUUUGUCAUUCUGGAACUCAGCAUAUUUUUUAAAAAGGGGUAUUAUGGUCCAGGGUAUUCCAGAGAUAUCCCACCCUUAGAACUACAAGACCCAGAAAAAAAAUUUCAUCAGCCUUACGUCAAUAUUUUGUCACAGAUCACCUACACGUGGAUUUCAUGGCUAUUAGUAAGUGGUUAUCGGGAACCAAUCAAGAUGGAAGUUCUAGGAAAACUCCCUCAGGAUGAAACUGCACAGAAAAAUUUUGAUUUGCUAAAAUUGAAUUAUGAUAAGGAGAAGGAAAAUACAUCCUCAGGAACGACAGAUUCAAGAGAUCUUGUCAAGGUUAUUUCUAAAGCUUUUGCAAUGCCUUUCCUAAUAGCAGGAUUUUUGAAGAUUAUAGGUGAUCUAGCAGGAUUAGCUGAACCUUUCUGCGUUGAUGGCAUCCUCAGAUUUGUGGAUGCAGAGCCUAAAGAAUUGGAGAAGGGAGUACAUUUUGUGAGUUUCUGGGAAUUUACUAAUAAUGGCUACAUUUUGGCAUUCUUGAUGCUGUGCGCAGUGCUCUUUCGCCACCUCUGCCAACAGACAGCCUUCUACAUUGUAAUUCGAGAUGGAAUACGCAUAAAAUCAGGUCUGCAGGCCAUGAUUUAUUUGAAAGCGUUAUCACUGCCAGUGUGGGUCUUCAAUGGAGAACAUCUGACGACGGGCCAGGUUAUCAAUUACAUGUCAGUGGAUACUUAUCAAAUAAUGAUGGUGGCUUUUUUGGGAUUCUAUAUAAUUUCCAUUCCAAUACAGAUUAUAUUGACAAUUCUGCUACUCUAUCUACAACUGGGGUACAGUGCUUUGAUAGGAGUUUCUAUCAUUAUCCUGCUCACCCCUCUGCAGUACUUCAUCGCGAAAAAAUUUAUUUCUAUUCAACAAGAAACAAUGAAGUGUUCAGAUGACAGGAUUAAGAAAUCCCACGAAAUGCUGCAGAACAUAAAGCUUUUGAAGCUUUACUCUUGGGAAGGGGUCUUUACCAAGGCCAUUGAGAUGGCAAGGGAGAAGGAGCUGAAAUACAUGCUGAAAGGAGCUGUUUACGUCAUUGUAACAUUAUUCCUCACCCAAGUGACACCUGUUUUAGCAACAGUAGUGACUUUCAGUAUCUACUCUAGUUUCAGUGGAUCGCCAUUGACUGCCAACGUGGCUUUUUCAGCACUAGCACUUUUUGAUAAAUUUAAUUCUCCACUCAUUUUGUUUCCUAUGGUUGCAAAAACAAUCGUGAAUGGAAUUGUUAGUUUUCGCCGAAUAGCAUCUUUUUUUAAUACUGAGGAAUUGAAACAAAUGACAGGAUCUGACGUUGGCAAUAAAGAUGCAGGACACCACAUAAAUCCGCAAGAUGCAGCUGGCAAAAAUGGAUACUUGCCUGUUGAACUCCUGCCGACAGAAAAAGAUGUUUCUGAUCAUUUCAACAGCAAUGAUUCUUCGGACUACCAAGACAAACCCCAACCAGAAGCUAUAAUGAAUUACUCCAAUGAAGCAAAGCUGGAAGAAUGUGAUCCAAAUGAUACGGAACUCCUUCCCAAAUGCAGUACAAGCUGUGUACUGGAGAUCCACCGUGGCUACUUUACAUGGAAUAGUAACUCUGAGAGAUCUGCCCUUCAGGAUAUCUCAGUAAAAAUUCUCAAAAGUAAAAUUACAGUUAUUGUAGGCAAGGUUGGGAGUGGAAAAUCAUCCCUUAUUUCUGCCAUAUUAGGAGAAAUGAUUCCUGUCUCUGGUCAUAUAGCCUGGAGAUCAGCUAAUCAACCCAUGGCCUAUUCAGCGCAAACGGCUUGGCUGAGAAAUGCUUCUUUACAGGAGAACAUUUUGUUUGGAGAAAGCUUUGAUGAAGAGCGUUUUCAGGCCGUGAUUGAAGCCUGUGCACUUCAGCCUGAUAUUGACAUUUUACCUGCAGGGCGGCUGACAGAAAUUGGUGAGAAGGGUAUUAACCUGAGUGGUGGUCAGAAGCAGCGUGUUAGUGUGGCACGAGCACUCUAUUCAAGGUGCCCUAUUGUAAUAUUGGAUGACCCCUUAUCAGCUUUGGAUGCACAAGUAGGAAAUCAUGUUUUCCACCAAGGGAUCAUUGGGAUUUUAAAGAAAGAAAACAGAACUGCCAUUGUUGUAACACACAAACUGGAAUACGUUGAGGAAGCAGACUAUGUAAUUGCUAUGCUGGAUGGAAAAAUUGAAAUACAAGGUACCUACCAGGAGAUUGCUAAACAAAAUCCAGAUUUGAUAAAAACGUGGAAAAGUCUGACUUUAAAAGAUGACCAUCAUGAAGAGAAACAACCUAAAGUUGAAAUGGUGACUGAAGUAUCAAAAAUGGAAAAAAGGCCUGAUGAUAAUCUAAAAGGAAAACUAAUGCAAGAGGAGGAAAAAGAAGAAGGGUCUAUAUCCAUAAAAAUAUACUGGCAUUAUGCCCAGUCCAUUGGUCUAUUCUUUUCAUUUUUGUUAGUUCUCACAGUGACAGCAAGGCAAAGCUUUCUGGUAGCUAUUGAUUUCUGGCUUGCUCGGUGGUCAUCUGCAUUCAGGAACCAUUCAGAAACUGAAACUCAGUAUGAAAAUAAUACAGAAGGUGACGUUUUCAGUCAGUACCUCCAUGGAUACAUUGGACUGGCUUGUGGAGGAAUUUUGUGUGUUUUGUUCAGUUCCUAUACCCAUGUCAUUUCAGGUGUCCGUGCCUCAAGACAUCUCUUCACAAACAUGCUGCUCAAUGUUACAACCCUCCCAUUAAGAUUCUUUGAAACAACACCUGUUGGAAGAAUUUUAAACAGAUUCUCAUCUGAUUUCAAGACCAUAGAUGAUCAGAUUCCCAUGAGUCUGGAGAAACUCAUGGCACACAUUAUGUGGUGCUUCAGUGCCAUUUUGAUCAAUGUGAUCGUGACUCCUGUUUUCCUUCUUCCAAUUGUUCCAUUACUUGUUCUGUACUAUUUUCUUCAAGUGUUUUUUAGAGCUUCUGCCAGGGAACUUCAGAGGUUGAGCAGCAUCACCAAAUCACCUGUGUUUGCACACUUUUCUGAGACACUUGGGGGUCUGACGACUAUCAGGGCAUAUAAACUUCAAGACAAGUUCCUUCAACAAAUUCUUGAGAAGAUUGAUUGUAAUACUGUUGCUUUUUUAUAUCUGAACACUGUGAACAGGUGGCUGGCUAUACGACUGGAUACAAUUGGGACAAGUGUUGUGUUUGCUUCAGCAAUCUGCUCAUUAUUGACAGCAACACUGGGUUACCUGCAAGCUGGCCUUGUUGGCCUUGCCAUUCUAUAUGCUUUAAAGAUGUCUUCUUACUUGAAUUGGUGUGUCCGGGAAUUUGCUGAUAUGGAAAUGCAAAUGAAUGCAGUAGAAAGAGUCAAUCAUUACACCACCCUUCCAUCUGAACAGGAACAUGAAGAAUCACAAAUUAAUACAGCUUUUCCUUUAGACUCAAAUCUCGCCAACUGGCCUCACUCUGGAGAGAUAGAGUUUAAUGAGGUCAGUGUACGAUAUGAUAAGAAGCUUGACCCUAUCCUGCACAAAAUGACAUUAAAAAUUAACCCUGGAACAAGAGUUGGAAUUUGUGGCCGAACUGGAAGUGGAAAGUCAACUUUGACAUUAGCUCUCCUGAGAGUUAUUGAUAACUUUGAAGGCUGUAUAAAGAUUGAUGGUAUAGAUAUUUCCAUUGUGAAAUUGGACCACUUAAGGAAAUCAAUCUCAAUAAUUCCCCAGGAUCCUAUUCUGUUCAGUGGCACAAUCAGAUUUAAUUUGGAUCCAUACUCAACACAUAGUGAUGAAGAACUCUGGGAAGCACUGGAAGUUACACAGUUGAAGCCUAUGGUCAGUGAGCUUCCUGAAGGGCUAAAUGCCAUUGUAGCAGAAGGGACUGAAAACUUCAGCCAGGGGCAGAGACAGCUUUUUUGCAUCGCUAGAGCAAUGAUCAGGAAAUCAAAAAUUAUCAUUAUGGAUGAGGCCACCGCAUCUGUUGACAUGGAAACUGAUGCUGCUCUUCAAACUGUUCUCUCUACUGCAUGUACAAAUAGCACAACUCUUAUUAUCGCUCAUAGAAUACAAACUAUUAUGGAUUGUGAGAGAAUUCUUGUUGUGGAUCAAGGGAGGAUUGUCGAAGAUGGAGAUCCAAAAAUCCUGCAACAAAGCGACAGUAUAUUUUCUAGACUGAUUAAAGGACCGCCAAAUCAUGAUCAGACAGAUUUCUAAAACUGUUUAUACAUUUUUAAAAAUCCUGUAAAGUGGGAAAUGUCAGCAAGAGAACUCUUUACCAAAAGAAUACUCUACGAAAAAGAAAAAGAGUGAUUUUAAAUAUUAUAACAGUUCAAUCCAAAGUAACUUGAAGAUUUGGUUUUGGUGCCUAAUUUGAGUGUUGAUAUGUGAUUUAUACUGAUAUGAUAUUUAUACUGUACAUUUGUUUGUGGUAGCUAGUCCUAAACCUGGUGCUGUAAGAAUUACCAGCCAUUCAACUUGUAUACUGUGUAUCACUUGAUAAUUCACCAGAAUCUGUUGUGUAAAAUGAGAUGUGUACUAAAUAUUGUUGAUACAAGGAAUGUCUUCCAUUCAGGCUUCAUUAGUGUUUCUCUAUUGAAUAUAGUGUAGCUGCAAGGUAAAUGAAGUUCCACUGGAAAAAUGUUAACAGGUGAUAGAAGUUAAAUAAGAAUAAUAAAAUAGUGGUAACACAUUUGUAAUAUUAUGAACAAGUAAAUUAGUAAUAUUUGGAUUUGGUACUGUUUUUCCAUAUUUUAAACAAAGUUAUGAGAUUCCAAUUAGAUAUAGAAAUCUGCACUAUAUUAAAAUCAGGUUUUACUAAAAAGAAAUCAACUGCCUUUGUUUUGUGUCAAA